CCCCUUGAUUGAUAAACUGAAGUAACCAUCACAAAUAGCCUCACGCAGAGAGCAAAGACACGCAGGACACACUCACAAACGGUGAGAAUUGAGGGGGCAAAGAAGCAGAAUUCAGAGCCUUUUUGUCCUCAUUUCUGCUCUGUUUAGGCGUCUAACAAGCCUGCUUUAGGUGGAUUCAAGGUUUUGGGAUUCAAGAUUUAAAGUGUCCAAUCAACCCUGUAUCCCCGCGAUUUCAAGAUAAAGGGGAGAAAGAUCAGAGGAGGAAUGGCAAGUGCAGCACACAAGUGUCAAGAGAAAAGGAACUGAAAAGUGAGAUUCUCCUGGGUUUUUCUCCUCCUACUUUACUGCAAAUGUGCCAUGGGUGAAUCUUCAGCUUGCCUUCUCAGAUCGUUUUCUCAACCAUCUCAAACUUCCCAAGAAUCUCCUGAGGGAGAUCCUCUUCGCCGUGCCCUCACAUCAUCAGUUUCAUUUGGGAGAUUCGUCUCUGAAUCAUUGGUCUGGGAAAAAUGGUCAUCUUUCAAUCAAAAUCGCUACUUGGAAGAAGCUGAGAAGUACUCAAAACCUGGUUCUGUUGCUGAGAAGAAAGCUUACUUUGAAGCCCACUACAAGAAAAUUGCAGCCAGGAAAGCUGCUCCAUUACUUGAGCAACAAAGCGCAGCUGUUGACAAUACUGCUGUGGUAAAUAUGCUUAAUGGGGAUCAUGAUGAUUCUCCUCCUACAGAGAUGGAGCCAGCACAAGAACAUGAGCAUGCCAAAAUUGAGGAGGUACUGGCAGAAGAUACAAUCAAAACAUCUGUUGUCUUCCCUGUCGAUGCAAAUCAGCAAACUCUUCCUAAAGAAAGGACUAUAGAAAGUACCCAAAGUAAGGAAGUUGAACUAGCAACAGAACAUCCUAUUUUUGUAGAAAAUGAAGUCGAGACAUCAAACCAAUUUCAAGUUUCCAUGAACAGUCAUGAUAACAUAGAGGUGAAGACACACUCCGAGGAUGCUUGUAUUAUGGGAGAUUCAGCUUCGUCAGAGAAGAAGGAAGCUGCACUUUCUUCUGGAAAGUUGUCAAAACAUGAUAAAAAAUCAAAGACUCAAUCAUUCACCAAGUCAAAAAUACCAAUUUAUCCAACAAAAGAUGGGUAUCUCAGUACCUCUAAAAAGACAGAAAAUCAAUCUUUGGAGAGGAAGAGAUCAACUCCGAAAUCACUUCACAUGUCAAUAAACUUUACUUCUCAUGCUUAUGAUCUCAAUAAAAUAUCAUCUCCAGCAUCGAAGAAGAAUGUUGACUCAAGGCUAUUCAAAGGUGUUGCCCAGACAUCCAAAGAGAGCUCAAAUCAACGAACAUCAACCAGGGCGUCUGUCAGUGGAAUUUCUAAGCGUCUAUCAGCUGUUCCUCAGUUAAACAAGGAAAGGACUAAUGCUCUACUGGAUCAGUCAGUCUCUUGUAGCACUUCAAGAGACAGGAUACCAAAAUCACCAUUGGUGCACAUUUCAAAAUCUAAGCUUACACCUGAAAGCAAAGCGCAACCUCCUGCUGCAUCUUCUUCCUUCAGCUUAAGGAGUGAAGAAAGGGCUUCUAAACGUAAAGAGUUCUUCCAGAAGCUAGAGCUGAAACUGAAUAUGACGGAAGCCAAAGAGGAACGACACCAAUCGAAACAUAAGGGGAAAAUAGUCAAUGAUACCAUCAACAUGUGCUGGUCUAUUUCCUCUAAAAUGGAUGCAAAUGCCAACUUGCCUUUGGGGAAAAAAUCAGCUGGUAUUGCCAUGAACAAGAAAUCAAUCUUGUCAUGCUCACCAAAAAUUGAAAGGAAGCAAGCAUCAUUUGAAGCGCACAAUAACAGUUCUAGACCACCUUGGAGACUCUCAACGAAGACUGGUGGCUUCAGAGAUGCUGCAAUAAAGAACCCCUGGCCUCUAGCGUAUUCUGCAAAAUCUGUUACAAAAAAGACUAUGCAUGAGAAUACUUCUCCAAAUAUCCAGCUUUAACUGCAAAAGCGGCUCCAAUACUUGUGCAUCUUGAAGAUUGAUUAGCGGAGCAUAGUUUGCACCCUGGAGCUACACUUUUCUUUUUUCUAAACCAAAGGCAAUUGCGAGUAAUCUGUUGCUUGUACAAUAUUAAGUGGUUGCAUUCGACAUAAGAUGUUUAAUUUGUGGAAAUGUGGCAUUUUUCUGGGGAUGUUAGCCGUGAACAAUACUAAAACUCUAGUAUUACGUAGAUGUUUAUAAUACGAGAUAAAUUGC